GUUGUUUACGUUUUGUGGAAAAAUAAUGAUCAGUUUGUGAACAACAAACUAUGGUGACGUAUGUAACGACAACAGUUGAUUGGCUAAAAUCUGUUAUAAACAGGGCGAACCAUCUAUUACGAUUUUGACAUUUUUUUACAAAACCAGACGCAUGCCUUAUAGUUACUUUGGUAAACAUCCAAUUUACAUGCUUUGUGAAGACGUGACAGCAAUAAAACAAGGGUUUUUAUAAGGAUGACCAGAUGUCGAGGCAGGCAGGGAAAGAUAUAUGGGCAGUUUUUGAGAUGUUGUUUGCUUUACAAAAUGGACAAUGACAAAUGAGUCUUUCUUGUCAUGUGUCCACAUGGUUUCGCCUGACCGCUGAUUGGUGAAACGACCCCGUCACCUUUGAAUAUAAAGCACUUUCUUACAUUGCCAGUUUGACUUUCUUAGUGGUCAGGACGUUGUAUGUUAUACGGUCAAAAAUUCAUUAAGCGUUGUUAGUUUUUUUUCACAUUGAAAUAACUUCAACUAUUUAUAAUAUAGAUACAAAUAUGACAGGAAUAGUUCUGUUUGUUGUCGCAAUUCUUGGCAGAUUGGCCGAUGGACUUACCACUGCAGUACCUCCAAUAGUCGGUCAAAACAACUGGAUGAACCAACAACCGAUUGUUCCAUUCGAACCGACGCACACCACUCAGGGGACGCCGUUCGAACCACCAGUAACUGGCCCGUCGGCUCCGUUCGAACCACCGGUCACUGGUCCGCCGGCUCCAUUCGAACCACCGGUCACUGCCCAGGCAAGUUUUUCCGAACAGCAGCCAACCUAUCAGGGGACUAGGUUUGAACAGCCAUUUGUUCCCCAAAAUCCUCCGUUCAUACCACCGCCCACAUCUCAAGGGACCCCCGUCGGAGAGCCACCCGCCAGUAGGGCAACGCCGUUCGGACCUGACUGCUCGCAAUUCCAGUGUUCAGUCCCCACGUGUCUGGAUGGCUCAAUGCCGACGGUCCCAGCCGGUAAAUGUUGUCCAACUUGCACAACGCCACCCGGUGCUAGCGGAGUAGGCUCAGUUUCAUCCGGUCCUGACGCAAGCGUAAUAGACCCCGUUACAUCCGGCCCUCUGCAGUGUUCCGAGGCACGGUGCACGCCGCCAGUAUGUUCCGAGGGCGUCACGCCUGUAAUUCUGCCCGGCGAAUGCUGCUCAACGUGCCCAGAGGUUCCGCUGGCUAUCACGACUACGAUCGGACCUGAAAUCCCUAUGUCGAACGGAAACCCUGCAACCGGAAACUCGACAACCGGAAACCUUGCAACCGGAAACCCUGCAACCGGAAACCCUGCAACCGGAAACAUUCAAACCGCAAACCCUGCCAACUCAAACUGCGACCUCAGUCAGUGCCAAGUGACGAGAUGCCCCGCGGGUUCGACCCUAGUCACUCCGGCUGGUGGAUGCUGCCCGCAGUGUGUUACCGAUACCACCAUGGUAUAGCAUGCUCGUAAUAUAAUAGCGUGUAGCUUUAUAACAUUUUACAUGAAUGCAGCGAAAU